AUGCCCGUUCUCAAGCAAACUGACACUGAACCAGCAGAAUAUGAAUGCUUCAAGUGGUGGAGAGGUGUUUUAAUUAAGUCUCUCCGAUCUGUCGACUUAUGUGGAGACAUAGAAGAAACUUACCAGACGCUGAGAAACUACGGGAUCAAGCUCAACCCAAUCAAGUGUCUGUUCGCCACUAAAGGCGGACGUUUUCUAAGCUAUAUCGUCACCGAGCGGGGGAUUGAGGCGAACCCUGGCAAAGUGAAGGCGCUCCAAGACAUGCCACCACCCCGCAAUCUAAAAGAAGUGCAGAGGCUGACCGGAAGAAUCACGACUUUAUCAAGGUUCAUUUCCAAGUCAUCCUACCGGAGCCUGUCAUUCUUCAAAAUUCUGCGGCGAGCAACCAAGUUCCAAUGGGAUGACGGGUGCGACCAGGCCUUCGAAGAGCUCAAGCAAUAUCUUAGCUCCCUGCCCAUCUUGGCUAAACCGAUCGUGGGGGAGUCGCUUUGGAUUUAUCUAUCAUCUACCGAAUAUGCGAUUGGAUCGGCAUUAGUCAGGCAAGAGGGGGGAAUACAACAACCAGUGUAUUUUUUGAGCCACAUAUUGAAAGAUGUCGAGUCUCGCUACACCGGUCUCGAAAAGCUCGCUUAUGCAUUAGUUCUCGCCGCCCGAAGGCUCCGACCCUAUUUCCUGGCUCACUCCAUAAUCGUAAUGACCAACAGCGCCUUGGGUCGAGUAUUGCUCAACCCCGAUGCGUCCGAUUGGCUAAUCAAGUGGACCACUAAGCUCAGUGAGUUUGACAUCCAAUAUCAACCCCGGUCGGCCAUAAAAGCACAAGCAUUAGCGGACUUCGUUACAGAAGUACAAAAUCCAGAACCGGAAGCCUCAUGGAAGGUAUACGUGGAUAAGUCGUCCGCUCGUCAGAGAAGCGGAAUUGGCAUCUUACUCAUAUCUCCGAGAGAAGACUUGAUGCAGUUAUCCAUUCGGUUGGACUACCGAGCCACCAACAACGAAGCUGAGUAUGAAGCACUCAUAGCCGGCCUACAAGCAGCUCGACAUGUCGGUGCCACCAAGGUACUCCUACAUUCAGACUCACAGUUGGUCGCCCAGCAACAGAACGGAACGUUCGAGAUCAAUAGCGCGCAGCUCAGGCUAUACGCGAAGGCCUUCGAGAAGCUCAAGGCGAACUUCCGAGAAGUUGUCAUACACAAAAUUCCCCGAUUGGAGAACCAAACAACAGAUGAACUAGCAAAGCUGGCCAGUGCAAUGACGCCAAUCGUCGCCAGUUGCCCAAUCGAGCAGAUCUCCCUAGUGGCGCACGUUGACCGAUCAGGAGGGAUACCCUUGCCGGAUGAUUGGAGGGCACCCAUCAUUGAGUUCCUCCAAGCGGGAGGUCAACCGGGAAACCAUGAAGCUGAUCGGACUCUAAGGAAGCGAGCCGCUCGGUUCACAUUGGUGGGCGAACAAUUAUAUAAAAAGGGAUUCUCACGCCCUCUGCUCAAGUGUGUGAGUGCUAAGGAUGCUGAACACAUCCUUCAAGAAGUACACCAAGGUUCCUGCGGGGGGCAUCCGGGUGGACGAUCGUUGGCAAGGAAAGUUAUCCUGGCAGGUUACUUCUGGCCAACGCUCCAGGAAGAUGCGAAUCGGGUGGUGGUCAUUUGCUUGUCCUGUUAA